AUGCAGCCCGCUGACUUUGCCCAGCAAGAACUUCCGCUCUUGUACAAGACCAAGUCCAUCAAGAGACUGGAUCCCAACACCUACGUGUUCCACUGCACUACUCGGAACGAUGCGGGAGGACGAUGCAAUCGCAACAUGUUGGUAGUGGCCAGCGAUACAGAAGGUGGAGAGCUCUCCUUGAUUGAUCCUCUUCGCAUCACCGAAGAAGGGGAACGCAAACUACGAAAAUUGGGUACCGUGACACGCAUCAUUCGGCUGGGACCUACCAUGCAUGCCGCCGAGGAGGACUCCUACUAUUUGAACAAUUUUCCCAACUGUCAACGAUGGGCUCCAGGAGAAUUUCUCAAUUCCCUCGAUCUACCCGUGGAUUUCAAAAUGACAGAAUCAGGACAAACGCCCUUUCCGCUCUGCAAAGUUUUUAUCUUUAAAGAAACUGCACAUCCAGAAGCUGCUUUGUUGCUCUACCGAGACGGCAAACAUGGGAAUUUAUUAGUUACUGGUGAAUGUUUGCAGCAUCAGCUAGAUAACGAAUUUGUCAACAUGCCUGUUGUGGCCAAAUUCAAAUUGGCGGGAUUGUUGGAAAGCGAUAUUGUGGUGAGUCAACAGUGGCUCAAAGUCAUGAUGCCAACCGCAACGGCUGUUGCGAAAACAAAAUAUGGCGGGAAUUACAAAGACUCCCGGACCAAUCGACCCCGUAUGCGACGAAUGAGUUCCUUGUCGGGAUCCCAAAAAGCAAUUCGGGGAGACUUUAUGAGGUUAUUGGGGAUGAACUUUCAGCGCAUGUUGAGUACCAGUGGCAAUGUGGUCAAGUACGGUGCCAAAAAAGGUGCUGUGCUAGCUGUGGAAUACGCAUUCCCUCUGUGGGAGCGGUCCACUCGAGGAAUGUGA